AUGCGAGCGCGGCAGCCGCCGGUCCACGUCAAACUCGCCUUAGUGACUGACGGCGCGCGGCUGGCUGGCGAACAGAUCCUCUUGAUAGCCCUCCUCAACAAAUACCCGGGUGGCAGGUUAGCAGGCAGAAAAUACUCCACAGAGAAUGGGGGAGGGGGAGGCGGGGACAAAUACGAGGCAGAAAAGAAGGUAACAGAACAAAUGCUGUCCACCCCCGGCUGGGAAGAUGCCGGUGAGCCCGUCAAGAGGCCUCGACUGUCUACGGAGCAAUACCUGCGCAGAUGGAAUGGAUAUAAUACAACUCUCAUUCAGCGUGACGAGGACCAGGGCCAGAUCCCGCGUAGCUUCAGUGAUCUCCCGGAAAAGUAUGAAGAUAUGCCGGCGUCUGGAUAUGUGGCAUCAAAGGCCAACAGGACUGAGACCGAUGCCGCUGCUCGUGCGGCACCACCGGCUAUCCGGCGUCGGUCCAAACCGUUCGAGUCAGAGAACCAUUGGAAGAACUCGACGCCAUCCUUCCAGGUCUGUCAGGUCACAUCAAAUACGACAAAACAUCAGACGUUCUUGGCGGGUUGA